AUGGUAACCUCCCCUGAAUAUCCCGGUUUAGAAGUCAAAGUCUGUGUUGGUGGUCAGCAGUUGCAUGAGUACGAUGACGACGAAGAUGCUACACUAAAGACAAUCACCAAGUACAUAGAAGCACGCUCAGACUGCAAGUUCGUGGUCACUGCUAUCUUCCGGCCGCCGUUUUCGACUCGCUACCAUGUCAGAGCGCAACUUUCGAUUGACGGAGUCUCCGUGGCUAAAACAUUUUGCGAACGAGAGAAGCUCCUCCAAAAACAAAUCGAGAUGAGUGGCCAUCGGUCGCAACGAAAUGGAGAAUGGGUCAAACAAGAGUUCUGCUUCGCCAAACUGAACAUUGGCAAGUACCAGAAACGUGCUGCUGUUCUGAAGCAGACUCUCAGUACUAAAGGACGUAUCACCAUAGCCUUUCAAUUCAUCGAAAGCUACCAAGAUUUGGGACUAGAUCCCCGAACACCCAGCAACAGACACCAUGAACUUGAAGCGCUGAAGGAAAUCCCGGAGAAAGCACUCAAGGGUGAUGCAUUAUCACAUCAAGCAGUUUUGUCAGCGCCUCGAACAUGUCAUACAGAAUCCUUCUCAUCUCCCAGAAGACAUUAUAAGUUCGUAGACCAGGAGCCUUUCGCGACUUUCCACUUCAAAUAUCGGUCACUUGCGAGCCUCAAAGCACUUCGAAUUCUUGAAAUCACCGAGCCCACUUCUGUUCCUCUAGAAGACAGGCCCGAGGAAGACCUUACCCCAGCGGAGCUGAGAGAGCUACUGCGUCGCGUGCGACAACGAGAAGGAGAGAGCGAAUCUAUCAAGCAGGAAGUUAGUACUACUGCUAGAGUCAAGCGCGAAAGGACCAUUGACGACGAGGAUGACGUAAUCUAUGUUGAGACGCGACAAAGCAAACGUCCACCCCGCAAUAUCACCAUGGCGAUCCAUAACGACUAUCCCGGUUUGACAGUACAGAUCAUAUGUGGUGGCAAGCCUAUUGAGGAACACGUGUAUGAAGAAGACGAGGAGCGGGAGGAGCCUAAGACUACGACACGAUACAUCGAGUGCAAAUCGCAUACGCAAUUCGCGAUCGAGACUACCUUCAGGCCACCCUUUACGCCGCUAGACUUAGUUGUGGUCAUCUAUCUAGAUGGGGUUAAAGUAGGCGGAACGAUGGCACUCAAGCACGAAAUGCUAAACCAGAACUACAAUCGAUCAAUGACCAAAUGGAAAGAAGGUGGAGAGUGGCGGGCAUCUAAAUUUGUCUUCUCAGAUCUUAACGUGGUACAAGAAGAGAGUGAGACAUUAGCGAGAGAAAACCUAAGUACCCUUAGUCACGUAGGCAGAAUCUCGGUUGUGAUUUUCCCGAUUCUGAGCACUCAGAAGACGUCAAAACCGGAAUGUAAGAAAAAAGAACUGAGAGAGGUUGGACCAAUCUCCGAAGAAGCUUUCAAGGGCGACGCACGCUCUCAUGCAAUAGGUCUUACGAAGAAAGACAUACUAAUUCUGAUUAAGCAUUAUCGCGGCAGUAGUGAUGGUCUAGAGGGUCUCUCAGAGAAGGAUCUCGCCAUCUUGCUCAGCUCCUACCGGGGUGAUAAGCCAGAUGACACACCCAUAAAGCAAGAACCUGUCUUCUCAAAAAGAAGAGUAGGCAUCAAGCGUGAGUCGGUUGGGGACAGCGUUGCGCGCGGACAAGGAAAGAAGCGCAAGAUGGAAAUCAUAGUUUUGGAUGACUGA